AUGCUCACGGAUGAGACCAACCGGAAAAUGGCCGUACUAUUGGCCGGACAGGGGCUGACCGCACGGCUCACAUCGUUGGUACAGUUGUGGACAAAGAAAUCGGCCGCCAAUCGGUGGUCAAUUGUCUACAAGAAGAUCGUAUGCUUUAUCACCGAUGAUAAUCGUGAUCAUCGGCGGUGUCUGAUCCGUGUGUACGACAACUAUCUCCGCUAUGUUCACUGGGAACUGGAUUUGGGCGAAGAGUUUGUCUUCGAGUCGACAAAGGGUCCGAUGUUUCACGUGUUGCGGACACCGGACGGCCACUGCUGUGGCCUCAAGUUUGCCGAUCGGCUCGAGUCAAACGGCUUCAAGAUCUUAGUGUUGGAACAGAUACUGAAACGAUCGGCUCAGUUGUCUCAAUGCCGGCCGUCAUCGAUGGCACCGCCGACGCCACCAAAACCUGUCCAAAACAGGACUCGUCGGUCAAAUAACAGGCCAUCGGAUCAGAUACUUGUGGCCACAAAUGCCAUACCGACUGAGGAUCAGUUGGAUUGUCUGGUAAAGGAUUGCAAACAACAACUCAAUGGCGGGUCCACCGGGUCAUCAAAGAUACCGUUAAAGACUGAGCUAAAGACAACGCUAUACACGGCUACCGAGAUAUCAAUGGCACAGCAAUCGGUGGUAAACGACAGCGAGAGUCUGGCCGUGGAUUUAAAUCUACAAAAACAUAAACCAUUGAUGACUUUUUGUGUGCAAACACAUCCACUGUUGGCCAUCCAAGAUGUAGCCGAUCCCGGGGUUAGAGAUACAAUGAUAGACACUGUGGAUACAGGCGUAACGGAUCCGGUGGUCAAUAUUGCCGAUCCAGUGGUAGACACUGUAGACCCAGAAGUAAUGAAUCCAAUGGUAAAUAUAGUCAACAAUCGCGAAGAUCAGCCCAAAGACGACGAUCUGGACAUCAGUGUCGACAGUCUGGACAAGAGUGUCGAUACGGGUGUUACCGACGAUAUUGCAGAGAUUGUAUCGCAAGAAACUGAUCCAUUGGUUUUACAGAUGAAACCCAAUGAUAAUACCGACAAAGAAGUGGCCGAAUGGUUGCGCGAUGUGGUUGAAAUAGUGGCCAACAAAGUGGAGAUGGAAAUAUAUGACGGCCAAGUCGUCGCAGAAUACGACAGUGUCUUCAGUGACACGGAAUCGGAAAUGAAAUUUAUUGAUGACAGCGGAUCCGAUGCCGAAGAGUUGGUCAUUGAUUGUACAAAUGCUAAAUCAGUGAAUAACGAGCUGAACACUGGACGGGUGGUUGACUCCGGAGGGCCCGACACAAGUCAUUUGCCGGACACAAGAGGUGCCGAUCAUAAUGAGGACAAACCCGAAAUCACUACAAAUUCAGGCGAUAAAUUGGUUGACGACAAACACGAGAUCAAUUCAAACGCCAAUUUGGCCCCGACUUUGACCCCGAAAUUUGACCGCAAAUUAUACCAGAAGUAUAACCAAGAGAUGGACCAGAAAUUGAACAAAUCUAUGGCAAAGAAGUUGAACCCAGAGUUGGACCAGAAAAUGGACGACAAGUUGAACCCAAAGUCAAUCAAAAAUGGGGGCAAAAAGUUUGACUUGGAUUUGAACCAAAUGGACCUCGAUUUGAGUCGAUUGCAAGAAUAUGGUAACAAACUAGCGGUUCCGAAACGUGCACCAGUUGUCGAGCCAGACAUUACACUCGUCGCCGACCCGCCGGCAGUUGACCGGCCAGUUAUGGACACGGAUUGUGGCCAUCGCUCGAGUUGGCGCCGACCGUUGACAAAACUGUUCAACAAAAAGUCUGCGGGAAAAGCCGGUGCCGGCCGUCAACGAGCUGUCAAUCUUAACCUUUCAAUGCAGACCAACAAUAGUGACCCGAAGGCCGUAAAGGAGCAGCAGGAUACAUUUUGUAAGUUCACACCUAAGCAGAAUAAAAAGCGCCGC